GUGAAAAUGAAGAAUUUUCCUGUUUUCGUGUUUCCAGUGUCACUGGAGUUUUAUCUAAAUGCUAGACACACGCAUAAACAGUUAUUGACAGUGUACAAUCCUUAUGAUUUCUCUGUGAAUUUCAAAGUACUAUGUACCUCACCAAACAAAUUCACGGUAAUAGACCCAGAAGGUGUGAUAGCCCCACAGAGCUGCAUAGAUAUUGUGGUCCGUUACUCUCACCCUUCAGCCUCCCACUGCAACACUACAGACAAGUUCAGGAUAACCAUGUAUGACAGAAACACCCAGCAGGCUCUGGGUAAAAGAGAUAUUCCAACAAAACUGUUAGAAGGUGAACCAUCAAAUGUGAAUCCAGACAGCAUGGGUGACAGCUUCCAUCCAUUAACAACCAGAGUGACGCCAGUCAGAUCUGUGGAAGACCACACUAGGGCACCUUGUCAUCAUCCUUCACAUAACAUCAGAGACCAGCAGCCAGUAAACGUAGUAGCAGUAGCAGUGAGUAUAUGUUGCAUAGUAGCACUACUCCUACCAACACAACCGGAACAGUUGGCCAAGUCACAGUGGCCCGAAUGGCUUCACAUCGGCAGCAAUUUGAAACUUGUGUUCUCUUUCGUACUUGGACUUGUUAGCAUGCUUGUAUUAAGACCUUAAGAGUAUAUUAUUAAUGACAGUUUUAUAACGUAUUUCUACUGGUAAUAGUGUUGGAAUUUGAAUGCGAGAAUAAAUAAAAACAGUGGUGGUGGUAAAAUGAGCAAUGUACCAUAAACUUUAAUUUCUACAAGGUUACAGUUCUUUAAACUAGAAAAAGGCGCAGCAAGCGGCACUGACCGGCACAGCAGAGCGCGCAAUGAAAUGUAUACUUUAUUCUGUCUUUAAUAAGCUCUAUGUAGGUAUUGCACUUUGUAAAGCGGGCGUUGCGCAGUUCGGCAUCAACAUUUGUGAUCCCACCGAGCCUAAUAUUACUUAGAAAUUUAAAUCUUUGUGUACAACCCUAUUCCGUUAGGCGCCCGAUUCAUUUUACUGGUUAAUAUAAUAUUAUCAAGUUCUUUAAAUUUAGACUCAAACUAAUUGCACCAUAUGACUUUUUUCACCCACGCGGAUUCUGUUUCGCUUGUGUACCUACUGUAUUAUUGUGGUUUUAGCGCUGACUGCCCAUUUUGCUAAACCCAUCGUCGGGAUACCUUGCGUUAUUGCAGAAGUGUCUAUAAAAAUGUUGUCUAUAUACGUGCGGAGUUGACUUUCACCACAAUGACGCUUGUAAAGCGAGGUAAUGGCAUUCAGCCAGCACAGAAAAAGAAUAUGAGUAAAUAAGAACAGGCGGCGAAAAUUUAACACAGAUCUGACAUUGACAAGCGCGCUAUGGCGACGAGUGUUGGGCAAUUUUCAAAUGGGUUAAUGUGAAUUUAAUAACUAGGGCUUCAGUUGAAAACCAGAAUUUAGCAGAUUGUCUUUAAGUAGGGAGUACAGUAAAAAUUGUAUGCAAAUUUUAUUGUUCAAUAAUUCGUGUUACACUUUUAUUUUAACCUGUUUUCGGGAUUUGUAUGUCCGGUAUAAUAUAAUCCUAUAUCGUGUAACAAGCACAUUCUUUAAACAAUAUCCUUAAGCGUAUCGUAUAAUAUUUUUGUUAGACUUAUUUAAUAGUAAAUACAUCUAUCAAAAUCGUUCUUCGCGCUUCUCCGUUAGACACCUUUUCUGACUAUUUAAUUCAUUACAAUUGUUAGACUUAUUUAAUAGUAAAUACAUCUAUCAAAAUCGUUCUUCGCGCUUCUCCGAUAGACACCAUUUCUGACUAUUUAAUUCAUUACAAUUACCAGUAGAUUACGUAUUUUGUUUAACUACUGCCAUCUGCCAGCAAGCUAAUCGUGUAAGACAACCAAAGACAGCACGGCAUUGAUUCCGUCAUUCUGGCCUAAUGUUUACAUGACCAUUAUUUGCUGAAGCUAAUAAUUUAGUAAGAACUAUGUGUCUAUACUUUGCCAGAGCCACCAAAAUAUCUGUCACUUCACGCGGUUAGCCAGCAGCAGUUGACAUUGAAAGUUUUCCUGUGCCUCUACGCUGAGUUUACUGUAACGUUAUAUUUUGUAUACAAACUCAUAGUAUUGAUCUCGCGCGCUACCUACCCUUAUAAAGAGGAUCAUUUGAAAAUUUAUUGCAUAUUAAGCAUAUUAAGGUUUAGGUACCUCCUUGUCAUCGUACUCAUGGCGAAAGUAAUCAAAGUGAUACUGUGAUUGUUGAAUAUUUGCUUGUUAAAAUAAAUGAAAAUACAAUAAUUUAUUAUGUGCCACGUAAAAUUGACAAGUUACAUUACGUAUGUACCUUAAUUUAGAAAAUGUAUUGUAUAAUAUAGGUGAGGCACUUUCUCCUCGAUUAUAAAGAUUAUUUCCAACACACGCACCCCUCAUGGAAGAACGGCAUAAGUGGAGUU